GGAACGUCACUUUUAAAAUGGAGUCCAUUGGCUUAGCACAGUUCCAUACAGUUAAUCACCGUCACGAGUUACGGUUCAGUGCGAAGCAGUGUUUACCAGCUGGACUGAAGAGUUUCGCAAUGGCGUGCUAAUGUGCCUAGAUAUAGCCGCGUUAAUAAAGGGACAGGUAUAGCCUACUAACGUGCCCACGAUUUAUCUUGUAAAUACACAAACUUGUGACAAAGUAAAGACAGUAUGACGUCAAAAGCUGCAGAAGCUGCAGUAAUUGGUCCAGUUGUCGUCCACCCAGAAGACGUGCAGGCUGGUAAGGCGGGAACUUCGCCACCUUCCUACGAGGAAGUGAUGGGAUACUUCAAGACGUCGGUCAACAAUAGCGAGCCGGAGUUACCUCCCUUGGUUUAUAUCGACAUCAUGCCCAGAUGUCUUUCUGUGGGGAACAUGGUGGGCGGAACGGCUCCGACCUUUCAAAACUUUAGCGACAUCUUGGCUGGAGCUAACCUGUGGUUGGGCUCGAACCCUGGUCUGUCUGUGUGGAAGUGUGAGACGGUGGAGAGAAAGGUGGACAAGGGGCCAUGUAUCGACCUAGAGAGCAUGCUCCAACACGAGUCCGCGUACGGCUUCAACGUCCACGUUCUCGGACUGAGGAUGUGGCUAACAAAGAAGCUGGACCCGUCUGCGCCUGUGCAGCAGCUAAGGAUGAUGAACGUGGUCCCUGAGGAGUACAAGGUCCCUGUCAACCUCUAUUCUCACUGGCGCUAUCAGUCUUUCUUUGUCCCCGGUGUCGGCAAAUAUCCCAUGGGUCUGGGCAAUUUCAUAUCAUACGUCGGCAUUAAAGAGACUUUAGCCAAACUUAACGAGACUCUGAAGAAUGACCCACUACCGGGCAGUGUUUUAAAUGUUGAUUCAACGACCAUCAAGUUUGCGGAGAAUUUCCAGACCGGCCCUAUUGACCCGGAGGUCACGUGCUGGCACGAAAAAGGAGGCAGCGCCGCCAAACGGUACACGCAGAUACUACGAAUCUUUUACAUAUGUGGACCACCAAAACAAGAACUAAUACAAAUGCACGAGGUAGAACCUGACGUACUGGUCAUGCCAGAGUGGAACAAGCCGGCGAGAUUCGCAAACUUCGACAAUGUGCUCACCAAGGCUCGCUUAUGGCUGCAGUGUCAGCAAGGUAUUAGACUGGUGAACAUUGAAACACGAAAAGCUCGAGUACACUCGGUGCAGAAUAGUCUUAAGAUUGAUUCCGAUUCCACGGACCAGUUCUACUCGGCUUACAUGGACGCUCGUUUUGUGCACGUCUUGCGACUAUUCUACGUCAGUGCCCCAGAAAUCGGCACGUACUCCGGAACCGUUCUGACGUCACGACUCUUCGUUCCUGUCCGGCUGACAAUGAAAACGUUCGAAACCAUGUCACAGACAAUGUCACGAAUAGUCGCCUGGCUGCAACUUACCGGACUUAACAUCUUUGGCGUGGAGACGGUUCCAUAUUUAUUCGUUGACAAUGACGGUAACGGUGUCAACUCUGACAGAGCUGAUUUCAAAGUGAACAGACAGUCCGGCAAAUACUGGGUGACGACGAUAAGAUUGUAUUUUUCGACCUCCUUCCAAGAACCAUCCCCUCUUCUGUUGCCACGGACAACUGACUGGAUGACGCAAGGUGGGGGCAGAGCUUCCGGCAUGUGUACAAUAACCUGACGAGUUGAAUGUGUCAUAACCUACAUUGGUACUACGGGUCAAAUAAACUGUUGGAAAGAAAAUAUUUUUAAAAUAAUACUAAUAACAUUUUAGAGACUUAGCGACAAGUGGAUGCAGAAGAUUUAAACAACAUCGACAGAACAAGACAGAAGAUAAAAACAACACAUCGACAGACUAAUAGAGAAGAUAUCAAGAACACAUGACAGAGUAAUACAAAAAAAUAUAAACAACACAUCGACAGAGACUAAUACAGAAGAUAUAAACAACACAUCGGCAGAAUAAGACAGAAGAUAUAAACAACACAUCGACAGAGACUAAUACAGAAGGUAUAAACAACACAUCGGGUAACUGACCGGAUGACACAAGGCGGAGGCAGAGCUUCCGGCACGUGUACGAUAACGUGAAGAGUCGAAGGGGCCAUAACAUACAUCGGUACUACGGGUCACGUAAACUGUUGCAAAAGAAAAGAUUAAAACAAUAAUAAUAAAAAGAAUUAGAGACGUAACCACAAAACGAUGCAGAAGGUAUAAACGACACAUCGACAGAGACUAAUAGAGAAGGUAUAAACAACACAUCGACAGAGACUAAUACAGAAGGUAUAAACAACACAUCGACAGAGACUAAUACAGAAGAUAUAAACAAUACAUCGACAGAGACUAAUACAGAAGAUAUAAACAACACAUCGACAGAGACUAAUAGAGAAGGUAUAAACAAGACAUCGACAGAGACUAAUACAGAAGGUAUAAACAACACAUCGACAGAGACUAAUAGAGAAGGUAUAAACAACACAUCGACAGAGACUAAUACAUAAGAUAUAAACAACACAUCGACAGAGACUAAUACAGAAGAUAUAAACAACAUAUCGACAGACAAAUACAAUUUUUUUUUUUCUUAAACCACAUCGAUAGAAUACAGAAAAUAUAAACAACACAUCGACAGACAAAUGCAAAAUAUAUAAACAACACAUCGACAGAGACUAAUACAGAAGAUAUAAACAACACAUCGACAGACAAAUACAGAAGAUAUAAACAACACAUCGACAGAGACUAAUACAGAAAUUAUAAACAACAAAUCGACAGACAAAUACAGAAGAUAUAAACAACAUAUCGACAGAGACUAAUACAGAAAUUAUAAACAACACAUCGACAGACUAAUACAGAAGUUAUAAACAACACACCGAUAUGGAGUAACACAUAACAUAAUAUAAACAUAGUUUAGGGACCUGUGCUAACUUUAGCAGUCCGUGGAGAAUGAAUGGGAAGUAUUCCCAAUAACAAUCUACUGCUUUAGCAAUAUACAACGGAAUAUAUAGACAUAGUGCUGUUGUUGUUGUUGUUGUUGUUGUUGUUGUUGUUGUUGUUCUUAUUGUUAUUGCUGCUGUUGCUGUUGCUUGCUGCUGUUGCUGUUGCUGUUGCUGGUGAUGUUCCUGUGCUACAAGCUGCAUUCUGUGAUAUACAUUUUAUAUUACACAAGUUCAGUAUAAUAUAAACGGUCAUCCCGAGUAAAAGUGCUAACGGGUAAACAUCAUGAUAACGUUUAUUGUUUCGUCUUUACGAAGUCUCGCUAUUAGAUCAGUUUCUAACAAACUACAAGUCCUGGGUUAACGAAACUUGGUUUAUAGUCGCACCUAAGAAUGUUCAUCACAGUGCAUCGAAUAAUUAUGGAAUUGCAAGACAUUUAUCGUCACAGAAUUUUUGUUUUAUUUUAAAAUAGUUGUUUGUUUGUUUUUUAUUUUGUUAUAUGUUGACAUAAUUAUGUUUACUUAUCGAACUGUCACUGAAAUUUUGGCAUUUAAUGCUUCAGUUUUUAAAUAUUUAUCUGGUUUUUGGGGGGUUGUUGGUUUGUUUGGGUGCGGGGGUUGAAGGGGGUUUGGUUUUUUGUCUGUUUUAUAUAUCGGUAGACAUAUUUGUGUAUACGUAAAGUUUAUACAAAAACUGCUGGUGAA